AUGAAAGAGAUUGGCGUCAACGCUGAGAGUAUUGCCGUUCCAUACACAAACUGUACAAGUGCUGCAAGACUUGCGAGCAAGAAGAGAAGAUCGCUGAUCCAUUUACCGCUCGAUUCAUCGGUUGAUUCUGCCAAUGAAGGUACCAACGUCAACCCCAUCGGCGUACUCGACGAACUGAGCAAACGACGCGAGGUUGGGCAGGCCAUGUCGCUGUCGGAUAGCCCCGAUGGCAAAUAUGGUCGGGGUGAUGCCCAGCAACACCCAGACCAGCACCAGAUAGACUGCGUUGCACCUGAAUCCGACAACCGUUCUCGCAUCAAGAUAUAUGGCUCCUUGAAUACUGUUGAUCAUAGCACCGAUGGCGAGCGCGUACACGGCAGCAGCCGCCAGCCUUUGAAAAACGAGGGGCAGAUUCCAAAGCCACCCGAAGUACAUACGAGCGGCUCUCGAAGAGGGUUUAUUGAUAAUCUCGGCGACAUCGACUGA